AUGUCUCCGCACUUUGCGCCAUGGCAUCCUGUGCUCUUUGGUCUGACGGCUCAGUAUGAUCGAUCAACACGAUCCACGGUAAUGGGCGAUAUGAACUACCGCAUCGAGUUUCUGUUUGAGGAUGGAAAUCUACGAACUCACAUUAUACGGAGUGAGGUCGCUAUGUUGCAGUUCCUGAGCAAGACAGAAGUCCCUUUUGCCAAAGUAUUCGACUAUUGCCUUAAUGAAGGAAACCCUAUUGGUGUUGGGCUUAUUCUUAUGGAAAAAUUGGCUGGCCAGUCACUUCCCUGGUCUCCUCUCUCCGGAGCAGAAGACGAAAAUCAUGGCUCAGCUAGCAGAUAUAUAUUGAAUUGCAGUGGUUUCGUUCGAUUUGAUGGCCGUUUCGACGACGGACGAUUCUACUUAAGACAUGCAGAUAACAAAGGAGACCACAUUCUCGUUGAUGAUGAAUUCUACAUCACCGGGGUUUUGGAUUGGGAAUGGGCCCAUCCGGAUGUAAAAUCCUCCGCGUUCAAUUCUCCGGUGAUGCUUCUUCCUGUUGCUGAUUUACACAAUGGAAGCAAUCAACUGGGAGAGCAAGGGCUGGAUUUCGCCCAUAUUUCAGAAUAG